CCAAAUCUUCAAGUACUGAGCAGAGGUUCAACCGUAACCUGUGACUCCUCCCAAAAUAGGAGAGUGUUGGGGAGAGGGAGCUAGGUCAGCCCAAGGUUGCAUUUAAGAACUUUUGCAUCUUAUUUACAUAGUGUCCUUCAGGGAGUAAAGGGGAGUCCCAUCAGUCCCAAGGCAAUCAAACUCUCAGAACCCAGGGGACGGGGGUGGAGCCCUCUGCGGAGCCCUCUGCACAGCCCUGCAGCUGGGGCAGGAAGCGAGAGUGGGGAGGGGGAAGGCCACAGCCCACAGAGUCAAGGCGGGUCCAGGACUUGUGGAGACAGAGGGUAAUACCAAAGCUUGAGCCCUGAGGCCCUGUUGGCCCACUGGGCACUGGCCCAGCCCCGGCCUCCAGGGAUGGCCCUUGUGGACCCUGACAUCUUUAAUAAAGACCCUCGAGAACACUAUGAUCUACUGCAGCGACUGGGUGGUGGAACGUAUGGAGAAGUGUUCAAGGCUCGAGACAAGGUGUCUAAGGACCUAGUGGCUUUGAAGAUGGUGAAGAUGGAGCCUGAUGAUGACGUCUCUACCCUUCAGAAGGAGAUUCUCAUGCUGAAAUCUUGCCGGCACGCCAACAUCGUGGCUUACCAUGGCAGUUACCUCUGGCUGCAGAAGCUAUGGAUCUGCAUGGAAUUUUGUGGCGGUUCCCUCCAGGACAUCUACCAAGUGACCGGCUCUCUGUCCGAGCUCCAGAUCAGCUAUGUGUGCCGGGAAGUGCUACAGGGACUGGCCUACCUGCAUUCACAGAAGAAGAUACAUCGAGACAUCAAGGGAGCCAACAUCCUCAUCAAUGACUCCGGGGAGGUUAAACUGGCUGACUUUGGGAUCUCAGCCCAGAUUGGGGCAACACUGGCCCGACGCCUGUCUUUCAUUGGAACACCAUACUGGAUGGCUCCAGAGGUGGCAGCUGUGGCCCUGAAGGGUGGAUACAAUGAGCUGUGUGACAUCUGGUCUCUUGGCAUCACAGCCAUUGAGCUGGCCGAGCUUCAGCCCCCUCUCUUUGAUGUGCACCCCCUCAGGGUUCUCUUCCUCAUGACCAAGAGCGGCUACCAGCCUCCGAGGCUAAAGGAAAAGGGCAAAUGGUCAUCUUCCUUCCACAACUUUGUCAAAGUCACCCUCACUAAGAACUCCAAGAAACGCCCCAGUGCCACCAAGAUGCUCAGUCAUCAGCUGGUGUCCCAGCCAGGGCUUAACAGAGGCCUGAUCUUGGAUCUUCUUGACAAAAUGAAGAAUCCUGGGAAAGGGCUGCCCGUUGAGAUUGAAGAUGAGGAGCCUGAGCCUCCCCCUGCCAUCCCUCGGCGGAUCAGAUCUACCUACCGGGCCAGCUCGCUGGGGAUUCCAGACGCAGAUUGCUGUCGGCGGCACAUGGAGUUCCAGAGGCCCAGAUGUGUGGAAUGCAGAUCUCAGGCUGACACUGUUCUCUUACAGCCCUCUGCAGACUUAAGGAGCACCAGUCCCAGGAGCCAGCUCUCAGACUCUGAUGACGACUAUGAUGAUGUGGACAUUCCUGCCCCUUCAGAGAACCUACCUCCUCCCCUGCCCCCCAAGCCCAAAAUUCGGUCUCCAUCAGAUGAUGGUUCUGGAGGAGUUAGGGACGACGGGCAACUGAGCCCAGGGGUGCUGGUCCGGUGUGCCAGUGGGCCUCCUCCACGUAUUCCCCGUCCUGGACCUCCCCCAGCCACCCGCAGCCCUCAUCUCACAGCCCGUUCAGAUCCCUCACUAUGGAACCCAGCUGCCCCGGAGCCAGGCCAGCCCCCACUCCUACCCCCUAGGAAGGAAAAGAUGAGGAGAAAGAUGGAGAACGAGAAGCGCCGAGAGGAAUACACCCUUCUUGUGAAAUUGUUCAACGGCUGUCCCCUCCAGAUCCACAGUACGGCUGCCUGGACACAUCCCUCUACGAAAGACCAGCAUCUGCUCCUGGGUGCAGAGGAAGGCAUUUUCAUACUGAACCGGAAUGAUCAGGAGGCCACGCUGGAAAUGAUCUUUCCUGGCCGCACAACCUGGCUGUACUGCAUCAACAACCUCCUCAUGUCUCUCUCAGGGAAGACACCCCACCUGUAUUCUCAUAGUAUCCUGGGCCUUCUGGAAAGAAAAGAGGUCAGAACAGGAAGCCCCAUCGCUCACAUCAGCCCUCACCGGUUCCUGGCAAGAAAGAACAUGGUCUCCAGUAAGAUCCAGGACACCAAAGGCUGCCGGGCUUGCUGUGUGGCCGAGGGUGCCAGCUCUGGGGGCCCAUUCCUGUGUGGGGCAUUGGAGACCUCUGUGGUUCUGCUCCAGUGGUACCAGCCAAUGAACAAAUUCUUGCUUGUCCGGCAGGUGCUGUUCCCGCUGCCCACGCCACUGCCGGUGUUCGCGCUGCUGACAACGCCGGGCUCCGAGCUGCCGGCCGUGUGCAUCGGCGUGAGCCCCGGGCAAGCGGCAAAGUCGGUUCUCUUCCACACCGUGCGCUUCGGUGCCUUGUCCUGCUGGCUGGACGACUCCAGCACGGAGCACAAGGGACCAGUGCAGGUGAUCCAAGUAAAAGAAGACAUGGUGAUGGUGUUGAUGGAUGGCUCUCUGAAGCUAGUGACCCCAGAGGGGGCACCAGCUCCCGGGCUUCGCACCCCUGAGAUCCCCAUGACAGAAGCAGUCGAGGCUGUGGCAAUGGUUGGAGAUCGACUCCAGGCCUUCUGGAAGCACGGAGUUCAGGUGUGGGCUCCAGACUCGGAACAGCCGCUGCAGGAGCUGAGAGAUCCCACCCUCACCUUCCGUCUGCUCUGCUCCCCGAGGCCUGUAGUGGUGGAAACACGGCCCACGGAUGACCCUACCGCCCCCAGCAACCUCUACAUCCAGGAAUGAACCAUUGAGAGGGCAUUGAGAAACGGACACCUGCAGACCCCUAACGGACACACUAGUGGUCACAACAUGUCCUUAUCUCCCAAUAAACUUGACUUUAGUCUUGUCAUCUUGAAA